AUGGCCAAGCGCAAAUUACAUUCAGUCGAUGGCACCAUUCGACCACAUCCCACGACUGGUGGUCGCAGACUGGGACCCAGUACCUCCGAGCCCAACAAGCCGAARCGCGUCAAGGUCAAGAAGAAUGCAGUUGUCCUCAACAUUCCUGCUCUUCUUCCCACUACCGCCGUCUCAACACCCAUGACGUUCGAGAAGUUGCCAAACGAGAUCAAGAAUAUGAUCAAUGAAUYGGUAUACGGCAAGGCCAAGGUGAUCAAGGUCCUGCCCAAGCGAUCGAGAUCAUUCAAUCAAAAGGCGCACGCCUCCGUUCUCGACCCCAUCCUCGUCAACAAGCAAUGGUUCCACAAUUCCGCCGUCAUCUUCAUCAGCUCCCUCGAGUUCCAAUUCGAAUGCUUCAACGACUUCCUGAUCGCUUCGCAACGGGGCAGACUUGCACCCUGGAUGCGCGAGAGCAUCAAGUCGAUUGCGUGGCACGAAGCAAAGGACUACUGCGGCAUCCCGCCAGACGUCGCGCCGCUCACCACUCUCUACCCCAACCUCCAGAACCUGCGCAUCUUCAUCCGCGAUGAGGCGCUUCGGUGGUGUGACUACAAGCUACCGAAUGGUCGCUAUACCUGGGCGGACAGAUAUCUCCUCGACGACGGGAUGUUUCAGUACGCUUUUGGUAGGGGUGAGGCGGGUGGUCGCAUGCGAGCAUUGCGCUCACUGCGCGGGUUGAAAUCUUUCAGUUGGGUUAAUGAGAACCCGAGUCGGUUGGCGGGCAAUGAUCGAUUCAAUCCACUCACUCCUGGACGCACUAUUUAUGAGUGUAACUGGGCUGCGUGGUCGGAGUGGGUUCGAAAGGAGGUGACGAAGCCUGUGGGAACUUGA